CUGCAUGUGCUGAAGUUUUUCAAGCUUUUCAGUUUAUAAGCUCCACCCAGAAGGUGUAGAGGGUCUUUAGCUUAGCUUGAUAAGUAAUCAAACAAGUGGGCAAUACACACAUCUGAGCCAAAUGCCUGCAGGGGUGCUUCAACAAUAAGCCAUGCACCAGGACCGCCCACGUUAUGUGAUUGACAGGCCGACAUAUAACCUCCCAGACUUUGACAGAGAGUUUGACAAGAAGAGUCGACAAUUCCCUGUUGGAGAGAAAGUGAAGAAACUCUUCAGAUGCUCUGUGUCGAGACUGAGGGGCUUGUUAUUCAGACAUCUGCCUGUAUUGAGCUGGCUUCCCAAGUACAAAGUGAAAGAAAACCUGCUGUGUGAUGCCAUCAGCGGGGUCAGCGCCGGCACCAUUCAGGUUCCCCAAGGCAUGGCAUUUGCCCUCCUGGCAAACCUCCCUCCUGUCAAUGGUCUCUAUUCCUCUUUCUUCCCCCUCAUCCCAUAUUUCUUCAUGGGCACUGCUCACCAGAUGGUCCCCGGUACGUUUGCUGUCCUCAGCAUUAUGGUGGGAAUGGUGUGUCUUAGGCUGGCCCCAGAGUCAGACUUCAGUCAUUUCAAUGCCACCCUUAAUGCUACGAUAGUGGACACAGACCUGAUGAAUGAGGUUCGCUUGGGAAUAUCUGGAACCCUGGCCUGUCUCACUGCAAUCAUACAGAUUGGCCUUGGCUUCAUGCAGUUUGGGUUUAUAGCCAUCUAUCUGUCGGAAUCCUUCGUCAGAGGCUUCAUGACUGCUGCAGGAUUGCAGAUCCUCAUCUCAGUACUCAAGUACAUCUUUGGCAUCAAAGUGCCACCUUAUAGUGGUCCGUUGGCUGUUAUAUAUACUCUCGUAGAUAUUAUAUGUGGCCUUCCUGAUACCAACAUAGCGUCGUUAGUAUUUGCUCUGGUCAGCAGCGUAGUUCUGAUUGUGGUGAAGGAGCUGAGUGCACGCUACCGCCACAAGCUGCCCUUCCCCAUUCCUAUGGAGAUCAUUAUUGUGGUGGUGGCCACAGCCAUCUCAGGCCCUCUGCAUCUUCCUGAGAUCUAUCACAUGGACAUAGUGGGAGAAAUUCCUUUGGGAUUCCCAGCGCCAAUCCUGCCAACAGUGAGUCAAUGGGAAGACAUGUUGAGUACAGCUUUCUCCCUGGCAAUCGUGGGGUAUGUCAUCAACUUGGCUAUGGGCAGGACACUGGCAGCCAAGCAUGGCUACGAUGUGGAUCCCAACCAGGAAAUGUUGGCUCUUGGUUGCAGCAAUUUCCUCGGCUCCUUUUUUAAGAUCCAUGUGAUCUGCUGUGCCCUGUCUGUAACUCUGGCUGUGGACAGUGCUGGUGGAACAUCACAGUUUGCUAGUCUAUGUGUGAUGCUGGUCGUAAUGAUUACCAUGCUUGCAUUGGGAGCCUUCCUGAAACCACUUCCAAAAUCAGUGCUCGGAGCCUUGAUUGCAGUCAACCUGAAGAACACCCUCCUACAGCUCUCUGAUCCCUAUUACUUAUGGAAAAAAAGCAAAUUGGACUGCUGUGUUUGGGUUGUGUCAUUCUUGGCCACAUUCUUUCUUAGCUUGCCUUAUGGAGUUGCUAUUGGAGUGGGAUUUUCAAUCCUGGUAGUGAUAUUUAAGACACAGUUUCGUAAUGGUUCGGAAAUGGUUCAGAUUACGGCUACAGAUAUCUACAAAAACCCGAAGGUGUACAGUAAGGUCAUGUCAAUAACAGGUGUGAAAAUAGUGAACUACUGCUCACCACUCUAUUUUGCAAAUGCUGAAAUAUUUCGCCAGAGGGUCAUCAAAAAGACCGGGCUGGACCCUAGCAAACUUAUCCUGGCCAGGCGGAAGUUCUUAGAGAAAGAACAGAAGGAAAAAGCGAAAGAGGAGAAGAAGGACAAGGAGACAAGGAGGAGGAAACCCAGCUCUUUGGUUAAUAUGAGGGCUCAGACCAUAUCUAAGCUUGAACUGCAAAAUGACUUUGAUAUGAACGAUGGCAGUGUCAACAAAGCUGAACUUCCCACCAGCUAUGUCAACUUCCGCUGUAGUGACAUUGAGCUGGGGGAGCAGGCGCCUGACCAAGAGCCACCAAGUCCCUCUGCUGUCACACUGGAGUCCCAUCCCAUGCCCUUCCACACCCUCAUCCUUGACUUGGCAGGGGUCUGCUUCAUAGACCUAAUGGGCGUCAAAGUAUUGAUAAAGAUGAACUCAAGCUACGCAAUGCUAGGCAUUAAACUAUACCUGGCUAAUGUUCAAGCCCAGGUGUAUGAGGAACUGGAGGCUGGAGGAGCUUUUGAUGACGGCAGUAUUCUCCGCAGUAAUCUCUUCCUUUCUGUCCAUGAUGCCAUUCUGUUUGCACAGCAGACCUCUGGAGAGAGGCGAGUCUCACUAAAGGCAGAGAAAGCAACACAGGAACUUGCCUUUAACAUUAAUGAGGAGAAGGAUCUGGAACAGGAAAUGUUUUAAGCACUGAUCGUUGCAGUGAAGAUGAGCAGAAGAAACAUGCCCGAAGAUACUAACAAAAAUCUUCAAUGCCACUGGAAUUUAUGGAAAUUUAUUGUUGCCAAAAAUACAUUCUGUGUUUGAUUUUGUAUCUUUUUGAUGACUAUCAAUUAUCUAAAUAAAAUUGUACUAAUUUGA